UGAAUACGCGCUUCUCCUCCCCCUGUCUCUCCAGGCGAAGAAAACCAUAUCUCCAUCCCCGCGUCUUCUCCGACGAAGCUGCCGUCACCGUCGCAGUUUCGUUGCUGACUGCUCGUUAGAGCUCCGUCAAAGAGAUUUAAACCCUCUUCACUGUUAAUUGUUACUUUCCUCCGAUGGAUUUAAAAGAUUUGUCUGAUGUCAAUGUUCACUGUGCAAACGAUAAGCUUAACGUCUCCGGUCCCAGCUCCUGCACAGAUAAUCUCCAUAGUGUAGAUCGUCGAUGGCUGUAUCUAAAGAAGUGGUCUUUGACCCCGCCUCCAUCUCCGCAACCUCAGUCGGAUCCAUCUCCUCCAAAUCCACCGACAACUUCACUUCUUGGGACAGGGGAUAUCUGGCAGAAAUUGAUGGUUUCUCCUGGCUCUGAACUCGGAGAGAAAGUCACUGCUGCCUCUAACGCCACUGUCACCUCCUCUAAGAACCAAUCGCAGGUGAUUGUUCAAGACCUCGAGAAUGCUCGCACUGGUAUAUCUGAUCCUAAACCACAAUCUUUAGAAUCAAACCUCAGCUUAGCUCCAGAAACUUUAGCUCCUCCUUCAUCUCUAGGAGUUUGGACAAUUCCACUUAAGAUAUCUUCUUUCAAUCCGGGAACUAACAAUAGUGACCAUGGUCCUAGCUCUAAUCCAGGUAUCUCUGAUGAUUCUCUAUGGCCACGUCUAUCAAAGCAGGUGGAUGAAGAGUUGGACCCAAAAGAAAACUUGUCUCCGGCAGGAAAAGUGUUUCUUCGGGAUAGACCGGUUAAGCCAUCUACAAAGGCUAAAGAGAUGCAGUCGCAUCUUGCAGCUAGUGGACGGGGUAAUCAAAAGCGUGGUCGAGGUAAAAGAGGUGGGCGUGGAUAA